CCAGAACUACAGAUAAAUGUGUCAACAAGUCCCCGCCAUGCGCUCUUAGCUGGGUUUAUAGUAGAAAACCCGGCGAAGGAUAAGUGAAGACUCAGUAGAAAACCAAGUACAAGGUAACGAAGACACCACGGGAAAUGUUAAAGACAGGUCACCAACCAAACCAGCCGGAGCUAGAGAGAUAAGAUACUAUAGUUAGAUGGAACAAUAUCCUAGCAUCACAGGCUACUCAUUGUAAGGUUACCUGGCGGGUCUGACGUGGGUCUGUCGUGGGUCUCCCGGGUCUCCCGGGUCCGGCAGGGGUGAAGAUGUGCUCCCUGGCUCUGUUUCCUCCCCCGCUGCCCGCCGGGCAGAUCACGCUGUGCGAGUCCAACAACGUGCUGCUGCCCGGGACCAGCAGCGAGGAGCUGCUCAAACAGGACUCCAGUCCUCUCAGUCUGCAUUUUCCAAGAGAGUCUCUGAAGCUUCACAGCCGCGCAGAGAACAGCAGCAGAGCGACUUUCCUGGACCACUCCGAAUCAGAAACUCUGUGGAUGAGGAGUGCAGCAGCAUGGCGGGACGGUGGGUUCACCAGGCUGCUCAAUGAAAUUACCACCUCACACUCCGAAGUACCAAAGUGGCUCUCAGUCAGCUCCGGUUGUAUCCUGGCAUUACUGCGAUGGGUGUCCUCCCUUCACGGCUCCCUGUUUCCUCAUCUCACACUGAGCAGUGAGGACAUGAUCGCUGAGUUCUCGCAGGUGCUCAACUGGUCUGAUUGUGUGGUCCGAGCCUUCGCCUGGCACCCCCACACCGAUAAGUUUGCUGUGGCCUUGUUGGAUGACUCCAUCAAGAUCUACAACCCCAAAAGCGCCACGACGCCCACGCUGAAGCACCGGCUACAGAAGAGCGUUUCAGUGCUGCAGUGGAAGCCGCUGUGCGCGUCUGCCCUCGCGGUCGCGUGCCAGAACUGCAUCCUUGUCUGGCACGUGGACCCCUGCUCGCUGUCAAACAGGCCAUCGUCCGGUUGUGCUCAAGUUCUGUCUCAUCCUGGUCACAAUCCCGUCACGUCCAUCGCCUGGUCUCCGAGUGGAUCCCUCCUGGUGUCGGCCUCGCCCAUGGACACGUCGAUGAUGGUGUGGGACGUUGCUGCAGAGACCUGCGUGCCGCUCCAGCGCGUUGGGGGAGGCGGCGUCACCCUCCUCUCCUGGUCUCCGGACGGCAGCCACGUCUUGGCUUCUACGCCCUCUGCCCUGUUCAGGGUUUGGGAGACCAGGAUGUGGACCUGUGAGCGCUGGCCCUGCAUGAAAGGCCGCUGCCAGUCUGGCUGUUGGAGUCCGGACGGGAGUCGGCUUCUCUUCGCUGUUCAGGGGGAGACGGUUAUCUACGCCCUGACCUUCAGCGGCUCCCCAGGUCUGCCCACGAGCGCGUUGAAGGGGCCGCAGGCCGCAGCUGUCGUGGCCGACCUCUCAGAGACGACAUUUAACACCCCAGAUGGAGACAUUAUUGUCGGCGGAGAGAUCCAGUCCUUAGCCUGGGAUCCGAGAGGAGAGAGGCUCGCGGUUCUGCUCAAAGGUGACCCACAAGCAGCGGACCGGGCCGCCACCAUCGCCGUGUUCAAAACCAGAGCCAACCCCAUCUUCGAGCUGUUACCAUGUGGUUUCAUUCAGGGGGAGCCAGGCGCAGAGCCAAGACUAAUGCAGUUCCACCCUAGUUUUCGGCACGGAGCUCUGCUCACUGUGUGUUGGUCCACUGGGAAAAUCACGCAUGUGCCUUUCUACUUCCUGGGUGCCGGUGUCCCCCACGUCGGCCUCAGCGGGAGUCCGUCACUGCCCAACCCGCAGGAAAGACCCGUCGACUUCGCCAAUCAGUCGCUCUACUCAGAGCUCAUCUCUUGACCGAGCGGCGCCCAACAUCCCACCAUCCCAACAUCCCAACAUCCCACCAUCACAGAUCAUUAUCCGUUAUCAUGAAUAUUUAAGAAAGUUCUUGCUUUUCUUAUUUUUCAAACAUGUAAACCCAACAUUUUGAGGUUAUUGAUUAAAC